ACAUUUGGAAACACCGCCUCAGGAAAGCAGGCUAAUCUUCCAACAUUUCUUCACUAGCUUGCUGGAAGCAGGAGGGCUAUGUUUUUGGGACCCUGGCCUCUUUGUCACCUUAUGCUCUGGUGUGCGGCUCCCAGAAGACAGCGAAGACACCAUGGCCUUGCGGCCUUCAGGCUCCUGUGGUGCUUGCGCCUCCUGGCCCUCACGACCAUCCCGCAGCAGGUGUGGGCGCCCCCUUACAAGAUAGGGGUAGUGGGCCCUUGGGCUUGUGAUCCGUUGUUCUCAAAGGCUCUGCCUGAGGUUGCUGCUCAAUUAGCCAUUGAGCGGAUCAACAGGGACCCAUCGUUUGACCCGGGUUACUCUUUUGAGUAUGUGAUUCUCAAUGAAGACUGCCAGACUGCCCGAGCCCUUUCCAGUUUCAUUUCUCACCACCAGAUGGCCUCAGGAUUUAUAGGCCCUGCCAAUCCUGGCUACUGCGAGGCCGCCUCGCUCCUGGCAAACGGUUGGAACAAAGGGAUUUUCUCUUGGGCUUGCGUGAAUUACGAAUUAGACAAUCAAAACAGCCACCCGACCUUUUCUCGGACAAUCCCUUCACCCAUCCGGGUGCUGGUAACGGUCAUGAAGUAUUUCCAGUGGGCUCACGCCGGAGUCAUUUCCUCCGCUGAAGACGUUUGGGUGCACACGGCCAACCGAGUCGCAAGUGCUCUUCAGAGCCGUGGUCUACCUGUAGGGGUCGUCCUGACCACAGGACAAGACAGCCACAGCAUUCGGAAGGCUCUCCAGCAGAUUCGCCAGGCUGACAGAAUUCGCAUAAUCAUCAUGUGUAUGCAUUCGGCCUUGAUUGGGGGAGAAACUCAGACGCAUCUCUUGGAAUGGGCUCAUGAUCUGAAAAUGGCUGAUGGAACCUAUGUCUUUGUUCCCUAUGAUGCCCUGCUCUACAGUUUACCUUAUAAGCAUACCCCCUACCAGGUCCUGAGGAACAACCCAAAACUCCGGGAAGCCUACGAUGCUGUGUUGACCAUUACAAUGGAGUCCCAAGAAAAGACCUUCUAUCAAGCCUAUACUGAGGCAGCAGCUAGCCAUGAAAUUCCUGAGACGCUGGAGUCAGAUCAAGUUUCACCGUUGUUUGGAACCAUCUACAAUUCAAUUUACUUUAUCGCACAAGCCAUGAAUAAUGCUAUGAAAGAAAAUGGACGGGCUAGUGCUGCCAGCCUGGUUCAGCAUUCCAGAAACAUGCAGUUCUAUGGAUUCAACCAGUUGAUAAGGACAGAUUCAAAUGGAAAUGGAAUCGCAGAAUAUGUAAUCCUGGACACCAACUGGAAAGAAUGGGAACUCUAUAGUACUUACACUGUGGACAUGGAAAUGGAGCUGCUGCGAUUCCGAGGGACCCCCAUUCACUUCCCUGGUGGCAGGCCCCCUCGAGCAGAUGCAAAAUGCUGGUUUGCAGAAGGGAAGAUCUGUCGAGGAGGCAUUGACCCUGCCUUUGCUGUGAUGGUCUGCCUUGCUUUGCUUAUAGCCCUGCUGUCUAUUAAUGGAUUUGCUUACUUUAUAAGGCAUCGUAUAAAUAAAAUCCAGUUGAUUAAAGGACCCAACAGAAUUCUACUUACUUUGGAGGAUGUGACGUUCAUCAAUCCCCACUUUGGCAGUAAGAGAGGAAGUCGUGCCAGUGUAAGCUUCCAGAUCACCUCAGAAGUCCAAAGUGGGAGAUCCCCAAGGCUCUCCUUUUCGUCAGGGAGUCUAACUCCAGCUACCUAUGAAAACUCCAACAUAGCAAUUUAUGAGGGUGAUUGGGUGUGGCUGAAAAAGUUCCCCUCUGGAGGUUUUGGAGACAUUAAGUCCAUCAAAUCGGGUGCAAGUGAUAUGUUUGAAAUGAUGAAGGAACUGCGUCAUGAGAAUAUUAACCCUUUAUUGGGUUUCUUCUAUGAUUCAGGGAUGUUUGCCAUUGUGACAGAAUUCUGUUCCAGAAGGAGCCUAGAAGACAUAUUGACAAAUCAGGAUGUGAAACUUGACUGGAUGUUUAAAUCGUCACUUCUGCUCGAUCUCAUCAAGGGCAUGAAGUACUUACACCACAGAGAGUUUGCUCAUGGGAGGUUGAAAUCUCGGAACUGUGUGGUAGAUGGGCGUUUUGUACUAAAAGUGACAGAUUACGGCUUUAAUGACAUCUUGGAAACGCUAAGACUCUCCCAAGAGGAACCUUCUGCAGAAGAGUUGCUAUGGACGGCCCCUGAACUAUUGAGAGCCCCAAAGGGCAGCAGGUUAGGUUCUUUUGCAGGAGACGUCUAUAGCUUUGCCAUCAUCAUGCAAGAAGUGAUGGUCCGGGGCACCCCAUUCUGCAUGAUGGAUCUGCCUGCCAAAGAAAUCAUAGACAGACUUAAGAAGCCUCCUCCUGUGUACAGACCAGUGGUUCCUCCUGAGUAUGCCCCUCCAGAAUGUCUCCAGCUGAUGAAGCAGUGCUGGGCUGAAGCUGCAGAACAGCGACCAACUUUUGAUGAAAUAUUUAAUCAGUUUAAGACUUUCAAUAAAGGGAAGAAGACCAAUAUCAUUGAUUCCAUGCUUCGAAUGUUGGAGCAAUAUUCUAGCAACUUGGAAGAUUUGAUUCGGGAACGGACUGAAGAGCUGGAAAUUGAAAAACAGAAAACGGAAAAGCUUCUAACACAGAUGCUACCCCCAUCAGUUGCCGAAUCCCUCAAAAAGGGCUGCACGGUUGAACCUGAGGGCUUUGACUUGGUCACCUUGUACUUCAGUGACAUUGUGGGCUUCACCACCAUCUCAGCCAUGAGUGAGCCCAUUGAGGUGGUGGACCUUCUCAAUGACCUGUACACACUCUUUGAUGCCAUCAUUGGCAGUCAUGAUGUCUAUAAGGUAGAGACCAUUGGAGAUGCUUACAUGGUGGCCUCAGGCCUCCCAAAGAGGAAUGGCAGUCGGCAUGCAGCUGAGAUUGCAAACAUGUCCCUAGAUAUCCUGAGCUCUGUGGGUACCUUUAAGAUGAGACACAUGCCAGAGGUGCCAGUCCGGAUUCGAAUAGGCCUGCAUUCAGGGCCAGUUGUUGCUGGAGUGGUGGGCCUCACCAUGCCCAGAUACUGCCUGUUUGGAGACACUGUGAACACAGCUUCUCGGAUGGAAUCAACAGGCUUACCUUACCGCAUUCAUGUCAGUCACAGCACCGUGACAAUUCUUCGAGCUCUGAGUGAAGGCUAUGAAGUGGAGCUUCGAGGAACGACAGAGCUCAGGGGCAAAGGCACAGAAGAGACCUUCUGGCUGGUUGGAAAAAAAGGCUUCACGAAGCCCCUUCCUCAGCCCCCACCAGAGGGCAAAGAUGGGCAAGUGGGCCAUGGCUUACAACCAGUGGAGAUUGCAGCCUUCCAAAGAAGAAAAGCAGAAAGGCAGCUGGUGAGAAACAAGCCAUAAGGAGUGAAUGGCUGUGAGAUUGGAAUCUUCUAUUGGUGAGGCAAUGGAAAAGCUCACUCCAGUUCAACAAAUUGUUCUGCUUGGGCAAGAAAUUAGUGAAUGACUAUACCUCUGAGGAUGACCAGUCUGCGGGGUUAUUCGGGCCUAAUUCCAGUGUAAGGGGGCCCCUGGGAAGUAACUUUCAUAAGUUUUGUUCUUUACACAGCUAUCACCAAAAAGGCCAUUUGAAUGUAAACUGCAAUGGAUGUGAACCCUAAGGAAGGGUAGAGAACCACCUCCAAGUUUAGUCAUUCCAAAAUAACAGGCCCAACUUGGACUAAGAUAAGAAGGUCUCUAUUUUCACAGAAAAAGUAGGAGGCACUUUGUUUUCUUUUUCAUUUCGUUUGAAUCUCUAGAAAGUAUUUAAUGAGUAUAAUUUAUAACUCAGAUACUAUGAGAUUAGUGCCAGGAAAAAAAACUUCCAGCAAACAUACAUCUGAAUCCCAGUCCACUGUGACCUCAGUUGACUGGAAUGCACAGGGAAUAGGGGGGAGGAGAAGAGUCUGGUUAAUUGUGUUGUUUGGAUAAUUGAAGGCUAAGAAGUUCCUUUGUUUUCUUAUUGCUUAUUAUUCAAAAUCUUUCCACAACUGUCAUGGUCUCUUUUCCUGUCUAAGUAAGGAGAAUCUAAGCAACAUAAUUGAAUUGUCCUCGCUAGAUAGGUGAGUAGCUCACUGGGCCUCAGGGUUAUAAAUUCUGAACAUGACGGAAGAGAUGUAAGAGAUAUUGUCAGGGUAAAAGAUACAGAAGUAGUGGAUUGAAUUGAGCAAUUCCCUUUAGGUUUUAUUCUUUUUCUCCCUUCUCCUGCCCACUCUGCCUUUCAAGCCCCUACCCUGGCCCCUAAAAUAAAUCCCUUUGAACAUUUGUUUUUACUUUGCGCUUUUACUUUUCCAGAUCUACUUUCAAGGGGUUAUUGGCAGUGGCUUGCCACAGUCCCAUGGACCAAAGCAAUAAGACUUAAGUCACAGGCAUGUUUAAAAUAGUUAAGCAAGGUUUUCCUCCCUUUUAUUAUAAAAAAUAAUCUCUUUAUUAAAACAGCUGAACCCAAACAUAUCAGCCAGUAAAGCAGUUAAUUCUUUUAGAACAAGCCUUUUUUAAAAAAGAAAUACCUAGUGUAUAAUUUGAUACCUUUCUCCCUCAUAUUUAAUUUUUCCAUUAUCAACUCACCCUGAAUCUAAGCUUAAAGUCAAAAGCUCUUCCUGGCAGUUUCCCCUCCACUUUCAGUCAAAACACAAACACCCUCGGACUCUUCACAGAAGCUUAACCUCUCUCAGCCUCAGGUAGUCUGUUUACUAUGCUAAAGCUGUUCAAGAGGAUGCAGAAGAGGCUGACGUUGCCUUUCAGCUUCCUUGAUCAGAGUUUCUAAUUCCUUUUUCUAGACAUGGCAGAGGAGAAGGAGACAUGAAAUAUCAUCCUCUACUUGUGGCUAGGUCUCAGUCAAAAGCUGAGCUUUUAAGAAUUCUAUAGAGGCAAAAAAAAAAAAAAAAAAAAGAAUUCUAGAGAGGCAAGGGCUAAGGGAAGUUUCCAAGAAAGAUACCAACUCAAAACAGAGGCUUUCACUUCUCCUAGAGGAGGUAGGCACUGCCCUCUAUUAUGAAUUGGAAGGAUCAUUGAGGGCAAGGGAGGGGGAUGGGGCUGCAGCUAUAGGCUCCAUGGAUCAGGAUUCUCCCAAACCUAGUCCAGUCCUUUAGUGCAGGAACAAUAGCCCCAGGGCUAGGCCUGCAAAAUAUUGAGCAACAAGACCCACUGAGGAGGAUCCAUUAGCUCUGUGUCUGAUCCUAUCCCUUAUUUCCCUCUUUGGUAUUUCUCAAGUCCAGCAUGUCAACCAAAUCCACCUUUUAUAGCCUACUAAUUCUGUCUUGUGCAUGAUCACGUCUUCCUUUGCUUGAUUCUGUCAUGAACCCCUAUCUAAAACCAGUUUAUUCUUUCUUGUAUUCUUUUUCAUUAAGGCCUUCUGCAUUGACCAAAACUAAGCUCUCUUUAAUUUGCUUAGCAUUUUAAUUAUCUGUGGAGAAGAAAAACACUCUCUACUCCCAUGAACCAUCGUGGGGUAAAGCCUGCUUCUUAUAUACAACUGAUUAUUUCUCUCUUCACCUGUUGCUAGUGCAGUGUCUUGAGUUGGUGGUUAAGAGGGACCAAAAUGAUUUUUUAUCACAGUUCUUUUCUAGCUUAUAUUCCUUGUACAAAACAAAAUAUUUAGAAAACAAUUUGAAUAAUGUUUUCAAACAGAUUUGAAUUUGUUUCAUCACCUCUCUUAUAUCUGCGUGUUUCCCUGUGAUUUGUCUCUUCUCAAAAUAGAUUAUUAGAAAAAGAAAGCCAAAUGCUAAUGAAUUGCAAGUUAGGUUCUGCUUAUUUGAGGUUUUACUGUACUUUACAAUGUAACUUUACAAAAUGGUCAUCCCAUGGGACAUCAUUUAAGUCCUUUAGAUUUUUUUCUUACUGAUCUCAAUGGCAAUGCAGGUUCGUUAUAGAAAAUUGAGAAAACACAAAAAGGUUUAUAGGAAAUUUAAAUUGCUCAGAUUCCUUUUAGAUCCUUUAUUCUAUUUUAUCCUUGUUUGGGCUCAAUUCAUACAUUAUUGCAUGUUAUUAAAACACCCACUCAGCCAAAUAAUACCUUAAGUCAGCUGAUUCUCAAAGUAGCCCGUUUUACUUUCAUUUUAUUGCUCGCCACGUUACUCAUGUUUUUGGUGGUAGAGGCUGAAUCUGCUUAGAAUGUGGACAGCUCUCAGUGAUCCACUCGUUCCUUAUUUCUCUUGGCAUAGCUAAGCAGGAGGAGAGAGCAGAUGGCUAUACCUCAUCAGAGAGCUCUAACUCGGUUUGCUACAUAAAGAUACUCUACCGAAAAGUGUUGUUCCAAGGACUCCCAUUCUGUCUACCUUGUCUUAGACUUAGUAUAAACAGCUUUAUUACCAAUCUACUCAUCUCAUCACAUUCUUAUCCUUAAUCCAAGUGGAAUCAACUUGCAAGGAGUGGGAGGUGGCAAACAGCCAAAUAGUAAUACUUCAUGCACGGGGUGGUCACGUCUCUGUGACAUCAGACAAUUGGAUGUAACUUAAAAACUUAGUUGAAUCAAGUAAGUAUUAAUGAGAUGAAAGGCCACAGUAGAUUGACCAUUUUAUUUUAACCUGUUCUCCAGUUAAAGCUGGUUGACCUAAUCAAGCACAUUUUCCAUCUGGUUGGUUGCUUCUAGCCCAUUAAAAUAGUGGAAACUCUCUCUCUUACCCCUUUUCUGGUCCGUGCCAUCUUUUCAGGUCAAGAUAAUUGAUAGGUAGACCACAGACACAAACACAAGUUACCUUAAAAAAUACAUGAUAUAUUUGUUGUUUGUGUGUUGCUUGGGUUUCUCUGGAGUUGUUUGUAAAAACCCUGCUAUCUCACCUCUUUUCCCAUUUGAAUUUGCUGUAGGCAAGCAAUAGUGGAUCUUUUUCAAGGAGGCACUGAGAAUAGAGGUGACCAUUAAUCUAUAUUCUCACUUUGGCUUACUGCAAAUUAGAGUGGCUCCAGGAGCCAUUAAGAAUUUUUCAAAGGUGACCUAACUCCAAGCAGAUAAAUAUGCACAUAGAAUCAUAGAGUUGGAAGGGCCUUGGAGAUCAUCAACCCUGUUGAGAUGUGAAAAAGGAUAUUGGGGUCCAGAGAAGAGAAGUCAUAUUUUUAUGGUCACCAUCUAGUUGGUAGAAGAGGAACUGCUCUUACCAAGGUCAAAAAGAGAUCUCAGUUAUCAAGGACAACCCUUGACCUUGGGAACACUUCUUUUAGAGAACCUGGGAUAAGACCUCUAACCAUGUAUAUGGGCACAAGCUUGGCAGGAAUACUUUGGUUGAGAGUGUUUUGAGCUAGGUGACUGUACUGACAUAACAGUCCAGAGAGAGAGAGAGAGAGAGAAGAUUGCAGAUUCCUAAAUCACCUCUACCAUGCAGACAGGAUCUUAUCCAUAGCCAUAAAUAUUCCUAAGUUGAUUUGUCCCAAGUGUAUGGAAAGCAAACCUCCAAUUCUUCCCAACCCUAUGGAUUCACUUGUAGUUUAUAGUACAUGGCCUUAGUCCCAUUUACAGAAUUAGCCUCAAAAAUAUCUGAGAGGGGGCCUGACUUCAGAGGACAUCUUAGGAAUAUUUUCACUGUGCCCAUCAUCCAAAUAAUAGCUCUAGUAUAUAGUGAGGGAUGUCGGAGGAGAACUAAGCCCACGAACUUCAAAGCAAGAUAAGAACUAAUUCAGAUUACUAUUUUUGACACAACCUCUAUCCUCCAGAACCAUGAAAUCUGAGUUGUGGGCAUAGUUGUGUACCCAGUGAGUAUAGGCUAGCCAAAGAAGGACUUAGCUCCUGUGCUCACUGACUUCAGCUGCUUCAGGGGUGAUUGAGCCCAUCAUGGGGAAUAGUCCCAGGUGAACCUCUCAUGACCAUGCCUUCCUGGAGUGAGAGAUCAAAGGAAAAGCAAUGCAAUUGCUGGGAGCCCUCUAGGGGGCUAGCUGAUGGAGCUAUGUUCUUUACAAGUGGCAAUGUGGUUAAGAAGCAAGACAGGAUUGUUCUUUUGGGUAUUCCUUCUUGGGCCAGGAGCAACCUAAAGUCAGAGUAAAUUCGCUGGGAUAGUUGUGAGUCUGUAGAACCUGCCCCAUUGUCAGAUUUGGGUUGACUUAGUUACUUACUGUCCCACAGGACAAACAUUAACAUGGAAUAUCCUCAUUUAUGCCUAUAAUUUGAAAAUACAGCAUUACUUUCAUGGUUUAUAAUGAUAGUAUUCCAAAAGAGUGUCAUAAGGUGGUUAUGUUACUCCAGAGAAGUAACUUUUUCCCUCUGUGUGUACCUCUGUCUGUAUUUCAGUGUACUUUUCUGGGAUUAAAGUUCAGGUCUUGUUCCAAAAAUUUUACUGUUUGUACAUUUUUAUAAAUUCCUUAGUGAAGUUCCAAUCUAACUUUCUCUAUCCUUCCUCUUACAGUUAAUGCUCUAGCCCAAAUCUAUUACUUGCUCUUUCCCCUGACCUUUUCUGAUUCCAUGCCUUUAUUCAUGCUUUUCCUUCUAUCUAAAAUUUCUCCCCUGCUUCCCACCACCACAGGCCUAAAUUCAACCCAUCCUUGAAAGUCUAGUCAAAUAUUACUUCCUCCAUAAAGCCUUCCUUUUCUCUGUAGUGAUAUGUCACUAUUUCUGAAUUUCUAUAAUAAUUUUACCUAUACUUCUUUAAUGUUUAUAUAAUACUUACUUGUUUUAUAUAGCUGUUUGCAUACUUGUCUCUCUUAUAUUCUGAUCUAGAGAAAAUAGUAAAUGUUACAGCCUCUUGAGGACAGGAAUCAUGUUUGAGUCAUCUUCGUACUCUGCACAGUGCCUGACACAUAUAAAAGGCACUCAAUAAAUAUUUGCUAAAUAAA